ACGCGGCCGGGGCGGACACGGCGGCGGCGGCGGGCUCUCCUUCGACGACACGUUCGUCAGGUUCGCCACGGAGAAUCCAUGGGCGGAGCUGGAGCAGAAGAAAGGCCUGUCGUCGGCGCUGGGGCCGCUGAAUAGCAGCAGCGGCGGUGGAGGGGACAGGAUGAGAAACCAGCCCGGCUCGCGGAACGACUCUCCAGCCGGGUCGCCGGCGCCGGGACAGGAGCAGGACAGUCUGCCCGUGCCGGACGACGACGACAGCUUUGUGUAGCGCUGCGGUGCGUGAACUGUGAACUUUGGGACAGGAUGAGCCAUGGACUGCUAGGAGAGGAGGCUAUCGCCGUGGUCCUUAGUGAAGUGUUUGGUGACCAGGUGUGGCACCGCGGCAAUGGGCUGCUGUCAGUGGCUGCCCAGGACUCUGGCGUUUUGAAGCCAGAACGGACUGUCGAGUGAGAGACUAGUGGCAAAACGAUCUGGUGACAGUGUCGUCAGCGGUGAAGUGUCAAUUUGUGAUGCGCUGUCGAUGAAUUGGAGGGCCGGCCAUGCUGGGCGCAUGUGCGUCGAAUUGUGCUAUUCAUCAUGCCUCGCUCGUUUUCAUUUUAGCGUUCAUCACAAUGAAAGCCGAUACCAUCUCGAUCGUUUGUACCAUCAUUUUUUUUUUUUUUGUAAUCCCACCCAUUGGGGUUAUCGUGCGGUUUUAUGCCACUGUUGUAGUGUUGUACAUAUGUAUCCUGCGUUGUACGUAUUCGCGCUUUGACGAGUUGACUGUUCUCAAACUCGACAAGCGCCGGGUGUUGUGUUCAUUUUAAUGACUGCAACUGACCAUUGCCUGUUUUUGUCAGUACCCUGCCAACCUUCCUGGUUUUGGAUAACACCGUAUUACGCUGUAAUGCUACUGGCAAUAAAUAUGGCACUUGCUCGUCUGGUCUACAUAACUGAGCGACAGACAAAAGUGAAACUUUCAGGAGCGAUGGCUCCGAAGUGUAAAACUGGCUGCGGCAAAAACGCCAUCCUAAAGCGCCCGAAGACUGGCGACGCGCUGUGCCGCGAGUGUUUCUUCUGGGCAUUUGAGACGGAGGUUCACAACACGGUGACGGCGGCACGUCUGUUCCGGCGCGGCCAGUACGUGGCGGUGGCGGCCAGCGGAGGCAAGGACUCCACCGUGCUCGCCCACGUCAUGAAGGAGCUCAACCAGAGGUACGACUACGGCCUGCGCCUGGUGCUGCUCAGUAUCGACGAGGGUAUCACGGGGUACCGCGACGACAGCCUGGAGACGGUCAAAAGGAACCGGGACCAGUACGGCAUACCGCUCACCGUGCUCUCGUAUGAGGACCUGUACGGCUGGACCAUGGAUGACAUCGUAAAACAGGUGGGUCUGCGGAACAACUGCACGUUCUGCGGCGUGUUCCGGCGCCAGGCGCUGGACCGCGGCGCCGCCCAGCUGGGUGUCGACCAGAUCGUCACCGGGCACAAUGCUGACGACAUCGCCGAGACGGUAGUGAUGAACGUGCUGAGGGGCGACAUCGCGCGCCUGCAGCGGUGCACUGCCAUCAGCACGGGUACCGAGGGUUCCAUCCCACGCUCUAAGCCUUUCAAAUACACCUACGAGAAGGAGAUCGUCAUGUAUGCCUACUUCAAGAAGCUCGACUACUUCUCUACAGAGUGCAUCUAUUCACCCAACGCGUACAGGGGUUACGCGCGCGCCUACCUGAAGGACCUGGAGGCGAUCCGAGCCACCUCCAUCAUCGACAUCAUCCACUCGGGGGAGAGCCUGGCGGUGCGCGACGCCGCCCGGCUGCCCACGCAGGGCACCUGCUCGCGCUGUCAGUACAUCUCGUCCCAGCCCGUCUGCAAGGCGUGCGUGCUGCUGCAGGGACUGAACCAGGGCCGGCCACGACUGGGGAUCGGGAAGAGCAGCAAGGUGCAGGAGCGGGCGCGCGAGACAGAGGGAGAGAGCGACGACCGGUCGGAGGUCGACUCCGCCACGGUCACCGUCGGCGCCGGCUAAUGAAAACGACCUGUCCCAGCUGCUACUUGUCACUUGUUUGUGGGAUAUUGUGCCUAUAUAUAAAUUAUUUUGCA